AUGGCGAUAUCUCCGCCCGCCGGAGCCAGGCCGAGCGCCGGGCACGAAGCCGCCUCCUUAUCCAGCGCUCGGCGUCGGCGUGGUCGCCGCGCUUCCGGCCGUGGACGCCGUCGCGCCGCCGCCGCCGCCCGCGCGCCGCCGCGGGCGGGAGCGCAGCCGCCCUACUCCAAGCGCCGCCGCCGCCCCAGCGUCCGCCUUCCGGGGACAUCGACGCCCCGCCCCGCGCCGCAACCACAAGCCGUCCUCGUCGUCGCACCACAAGCCGCGACGCACCCGCGCGCCGCGCGCGCGCACCCGGACGACCUCGACCCGCACACGCACAGCCGCCGGGGGCCCAAGCCGCCGGCGCAGCGCCGCCCGCGGACCGCGUGGAUUCCCGCCGCGCCCGCCUCGGCGGGGGCCGCCGAGGGCUACGAGGACGACGAGGAGCGCUACUACGACGACGAGGACCAGUCCGACUCCGCCGCGGCCGCCACCGCCGCCGCCGCUGCGAAGGCUAGGGUUUCGGGCAGCCGCGACGCCAGCGGAGACGAGUCGGACGGGGUGGCGGACUGGGGCCUCCCCAACGGCCGCCUCCCCUCCGUGAUGGGGUAUGGCGGCGUCAAGUCCUGGCUCGAUGGCUUGGGGCUUUCUCGGUACGCGCCGGUGUUUGAGAUCCAUGAGGUGGACGACGAGGUGCUCCCGCUGCUAACGCUGGAGGACCUCAAGGACAUGGGCAUUGGGGCUGUUGGCUCCAGGAGGAAGAUGUAUGCCGCCAUCCUCAAGCUCCGGAGCGACAAUGCGUCCUGA